AUGUGUCUAAUAGCGCUAGCUUACGUUGUCAACGCCGUCCGAAUGAACCAUUAUCACAACCUAGCAUAUGCUGGUUAUAUGCAGGGAUCUCCGGGAUUUGUCUCUGCACAUUGUUACUGGUGUAGAAUACAUGGAUACGCGGUAACCGACUUAUCCAAAGACGAUGAAUCCACAGCGGGUGAGUUGGGGCUUGCAAACUUGCCAGACAAGUUAAUAUUCAGAACCAGAGUCGUACACACAGAGUUUGAGCCCGGCAAGCAAGAUCAGGACCAGGAAGUGGACAAGUUGGCUCCAGAUUCGCCGCCUCCCGCACUAUCUCCUAUGGAAGAAGAAGGCCGACCUGUUGUAUCCGGUGAACCUUCCAUUGAUACCCAACUCAGCAAGAUGCUGCGCAAACACCUCACCCUCAACGGCAUCGACCAACCACCUUGCGUCGACAGCCAACCUCAGUCAGGAUGGCACUAUCGAGACAUCUCCGAUCGACUCGGGGCUAGCUUCCUCCCAGCUAGUCCUAUCGCAGGGCUUUCAGAACAAGGACUGGAAUUCUUGCUUCAACGGUUGCAAGAAGUCGCUUUACAGCAACAAAAGGGGGAGGUCACCAAGGAAAGGUCAGGAACAGCUGCUAUCGAAUGGAAGUGGUCUGCAGAACCGGACCAGUCUAGCAAACCUCUAAAGGGGCUCCCUGAGUGGGUACCCAACGCACUGAACCUCGAUUCAUCUAGUACUUGGGAGGUGUAUUGGGAAGGACAAAGGGAGGGAAGUCAAGGCGAUUUAGCUAGUCACCUUAUAGUUCUGUGGGAAAAGGAUUAG